AGUGACUGAAUCCUGAUAGGAGCAGACCCAUAAUAGAUUUUGCGAAAAUCAGCUGAAUUAGACAUGCGAUGGAAGCCACCAAACCGAAGAGGAAACAUAAGCGAAGGUCUAAAGAUGCGGCCACAAAAUCUGCAUCAGCGGGGAAAGAAUCUGAAGCCUCAAAAGAUGCUACUCUCAGUACUGUUUCUGAAGGGGAAACAAGUGAAGUGACAAAGUUAAGUGAAAAUGCUUUUGCAGCUGAGCCCGUGACAGAAGAUUCAGUGAGUACUCUCCUUCCCGGCACUUCUGAAUUAGCUGAGAAAAAUGAAGAGGUUUUACCCUCACAAAAGGACGAAAAUGAGACUGAGGAUGUCAAAGAACUGGAGAGUUUCAACAGUGAGACAAAAUCAAAUGUGAAUGCUUCAGUAACUAAAGAUGACAAUGAAUCAAAAUCUUCAGCUCAUGUAGAUCAUAGUGUUAAAGAUGAACCUGAAAAAUGUUCAACACUUGAAAAUCAAGCUGUCCAUACAAGUAUAGCACAGGCUACAACUGGAGUUGAAAUGGGCACAGAUAAUCAAAUUCCUGAUCAAUUACAGAAAGAAAAUGCAAUUGAAACAGAUAGAAGUCUAAUAAGGGAAACUUUAGAACUGGAGUACAAAGAUAAGAGUAAAGAUGAAGCUCAGAGUGAUGUUAACAAACCUGAAUUUAUGUCAACACUAGAAAAUGUUGUUGUCAGUGAAAGUACAACACAGGCUACCACAGGGGAUGAAAUAGAGAGAAGUCGUCAAAUUCCUGCUCAAGUUGAGAAAACACAAGAAAAUGAAACAAGUGUAACUUUGAGUAGCAGCAGAUCACAACAGGAUGACAAAGUCAACAGUUCUGGAAAUUUACAACCACAAAUUGGUGACAGGGAGUUACCAGUAAGCAAUGAGGAUGUAAGAACACCUCAGUUAUAUCCAGAACUAGACUCUUUAGCCAAAAAGUCAGUAACAAGCAUAAGGCAGUACAGAAUGACUCUAGAAGCAUUUAGUGAAGACCACCUGAAAACUCUGUACUUCAACCCUCUGUUGGAACAGAUGGAAGAUUUUGUGGAGCACUUUAUUAAGAUUAGCAAACAAGAUGAUCAUGAGUUCUAUGAACUUGUGAAUGCUUACUUCAGAGGGAGAAAUGCUCUGGCAAUGGCCAUAAAGGAAUAUGAGAUUGUUCUUGCUGAGUGCGAGAAGAAGAAAGAGCAACUAUGGAUUGACAAAAACUUCUCAGUUACAGCUCAGGGAAAAUGUCUGGACCAGGUAAAUGUCACACACAACCAUAGUUACCAGCAAGUGGAGUUAAAUGCUGGUGUUCCUGGUGAGAUUGAGAGCAUGCUUGGAAAACUUCACAAAGCUUUACAUGAGACUCUUGCUUUGCAAAGAUACACGUGUCAGCUUGCUCGGCUUCACAUUGAUAUGUACAUCUUUGACAUGCUGUCUCAAUCACCCAUUUCAAGGAAUGUUUCAUCUGAGACACUAGUGACUGAAUUGUGCCCUGUUGAACAGAGUCCAGAUAUUCAGGCUGAGGUCCAGAGGUUGAGAGACUGCAUCAGUGUAUUGUUCAUGUUUGUUCGACAGCCAAUUCAAGAUGAAGAGUUUGUCACAAUUUUGAAUGGCUGGAUGGAACAGCUGGUUGCUGUUCUUCUGCGUGUAGCUUGCCUGGCAGAUCUUGUAUUCUUGUUAAAUCACUUGCUGAGGUGUCCUCCAGGAUUCACUAGUAAAAUUGCCCAAUUCAUCCAGUUUCCUGUACCGCAAUUCAAAAGCCAUGGAUAUAACGUGGUAGAUGAACCAUAUUACUGGGACAAUCCUUUAGUUCAUCAUUUUGUGGCUAUGUUAUCUUCUCUGCUUCUGCCUGUCAGGGAAAGAGACAGAUAUUUGCAAAAACUUGCUCUUGGAAAAGAAGCUGCCAUGGGAUCAAUCAGUUGGACUAUUGUGGAUGAUGAUGGAGAGUCCUUGGAGGAUGAAGAUCCAGAAACAAGCUGGGUGCUGAUUCAAGAGAAUGAUCUCAUAGCACUGUUCUCACAGUUUCCAUUUGAUGCCAUUUUCAAGCACUUACUCAAAAUGGACCCAAACAUUCCUAAUGAUUGUCUAAUUGAGUCACACUACCAUGUGGAGCACACAUCAAGCCGCGAUAUAAUGAGAAUGUUGGCUUUUGCAUCUUGUGUUGUAUGCGUGAUGGGAAGGGCAUUCCGAACUUAUGAGAAAGUGCGCUAUAGAGCAUUUGUCAAAAGAGUGGGACGAACUAUAAGGCAGGUUGUACAGUAUGUUCUGGACCACUGGUCAGAUUUUCGAAGUUGGAGAGUGAAUGUAUGUGGAGAAUCUGAGAAUGCCAUUCCAGAUUCUUUCCAUUCUGGUAAUCAAUACUCAUUACAAAGACUUCAAGUAGAGGUUGAUCAGUUCUUUCUCCGUGCUGCACAACAGAUCAUUUCUGCACACAGGCUGGGUGCUUGGCAGUUUUUGGCAGAUAUGCCCUUUCGCAGUGUUUCCUCCCAAACUCUCUGGAAGCUGUUUUGGGCACUCCAUGUAGAUGUCACCAAACUUGAUUCUGUGGAGAGCAUUAACCAAGAAGAUUCCAUGAGGGAAGAUUGGAGAGAUGUACUGGAGAGUAGACAGGGGGAAUUUACAGACCAACUGGCCAGAAUGUCACAGUCAGAAGCCAUAUUUUUGCUUACUACAUUUACUAACAUUGCCACAUCCAGAGAUCGCAAGGAAAGGGAGCUAAUAGAAGCCAUUAGCACAGAGGUUUACAAGGUUUCCUUCAUAGCCAGUCAAACCAGGGAGUCAUCUUCUAAGACUGGAAGACAUCUUCUGGGAACCAUUUCUAGUGUCCAUCCCUUUGUGAUAUCGGUUUUGCUUGAGAAUGUCAGCGCCACACUGGAUAUUAUUGGGAAGGCUUGUGUCUACCUGUUCAGUGGUUUAUCAGUUCAUCUGUGGCAUCCAACAUACAGGAACAUGGACUGCAUUAAAUCCUGGUUGUUGAAAGCUGAUUUGUCCUCUCCAGAAAAUCAGCUUGCGCGUUAUAUUAUUUCAAACUUAAACUGGGGACAAAUGGGAGAGUCAGGAGAGGGUGAUAAACUGUUUUUGCACCAGUGCUGGCACAGGGCUGUGGCAGUGUCAUUAGUGGAGGUGUCAGCGCUUCGUUUACCCAAAAUGCCAGGAGGAAUAUCACAUGAGGCAUUUAAAGAAGACACUGGACUUCUUAAACAGGUGACACUGAUUGCUACAACGUCGUACAAUCGACUGAUGCAGCCAAAUUAUGAGCAGCAGCUGUAUGACUGGCUGUGGGAAGUCACGCUCUCUCUAAGGCUUCACCCAGCUGAUCUACCAACACCAGUCAUUCAGUUCACUCAGCGACUUCCAAAUGAAGAUGAGUUAGAAGCAAGUGAAGAAGGAGGACCAGGUUUUGCGAGCCUCGUGAAGUCGUUGUCAAAAGAAACACUUGUGCUUCCUAAUGAGAGUUCCCUUUCAAGUAUGACUCAUGCUAUUAAGGCCAGUGGACAACUUGCUAGUUAUGCUGCGGUAGCAAUGACUACUAUUGGUACCAGUCGUGAUCUCUUUUUGGGUGAGGGUCUGGAUUACUUAACCGUCAUAUUAAAUGAGAGGUGUUUUGAUGCAGCGCUGAGGAUUAUUGCGAAUGUGACACCCAUGUUUUUUGGUUGCCAUGAGAAACUUACACAGGAAGCAAGGUUUGUGACAGCAAUCCAUCGUUUGAGCCAACUUGACAAUGACAACGCAGGUUAUGCUGAAAAACUGCUUCAAGCGUCCACUGUGGGCCCGUACUGUAAGAGGCUGGUGGGAAUUAUUCAGGGCCAUGUUCAGAAGUUUCAAGCUCCUGGUAUGGUUGGCUCAAUAAGUGUGGUGGAAUUCUGGUUACUUACGUUGUGCACGCUGCCAUACUGGUACAGAGAUGUUAGUGUACAGUUUCUUAUUGAUAACCUGAUCAAAAUAGCUUUGAGAAUUGAAGGCAGCCUUUCCGUGAUACAAACCCACCUUAUGGAUGCUUACAAGGUGCUGCUCAGAGAAACCGGAAGUCAAGGAGUGAUAGCGUCUCUUUUCUCAUGGGUGACUUCAAGUAGUACUGCUCCUCCUGUGCUGUGGGAAAUUAAGGCCUCUCCAGAUUACAGUUACUAUGCUUAUUGUGUACUGUGCAUGGAAACUCAGAUGGAAGAGAACUGUGGACUGUCUGUCGAAAUAAAUAAAAGGCUGCUGAACAAACCAGAUGCGACAGUUGAUGCAGUGUUGAAGAAAGUAGUGAAGAAGAUGAAAUUGUCGUGGACGCCUCUCGUGUCCAGUCUUUCCAUCUAUCGUUGGGCUAAUCAAGCAAUGGUGACAGAGGUUGAUCAUCCCAUGCUGCCUUUGAUUUGGCAACGAUUUUUUAGUCUUUAUCUCCAGAGACCGGUCACUGAACCUGGCCUUGCGCAGCGAUCUGGUGUAGGGUAUCGUUUCUUUGAUAGCCAGAGUUAUAGCUCCAUGUUAAAAAAAAUGAAGCAGAGACUGCAAGCCACAGCGGAACAUCACCGGAAUCGAUCCGUGGAGACCGGGGCAGACCAUGAUGCAGUCACUGAUGGUGACAGGGAAAUAAGCAAGCAGUUUGAACAAACUAGAGCAUUGCAUGAAAAACUUACAGGGUUUUAUCAAACACUGGCGUUGUGGUUGGAUGAACCGAGACUUCACGACCCCAGUCUGUACCUACCGUCAUUGCCGCCUCCUUAUGAUGCAGUCAGACUUGAGGCUUUACUCAAACCAGUACAGGAACCUUGGUUUGAUUUGAUAUUCGUGAAAAAGAUUGAUAUGGAAAUCACCGAGUCUGUGCGUUGUUGGGUAAAACACGCCCUGGGACCUCAAAAGAACCCCCCUGAGAGUAAAGCCACUGGUCAGUGGAACGACAGGAGUCCUGAAACAGCCGCCUCGAGGAUUGUUAGAAGGAUGAAGACGCACCCUGCACCGCUCCCUCCUCCCCCUGUGAAGAGAUUAGAACCCAUUUUACCCUCCAUGACAGAUGCGACUUUGAUGAACAAACAGAAGUUAUUGGGCAUAGUUUACAGUCAACUACAGGGAAUAGUCGCACAUGCAAGACAGUUUUGUGGACUUGUUGGUCAACACGUUUCCUUGGACAUUGAAUAUAUCGAGUUAAUACCUAAAAUGUACUCAAACGAGAUGUCCCAGGUUGUAGUUCAAGUUCCUUGUCGCAAACAUCAGUGUCGAGGGCCUGCCACUCUCACCGUUAAGUUCCUCGCUAAACGACCCAAUGAAGUUAUGAUCAGAAAGGUUGCUGAUAAUCGUCGUGAGCAGGAACAAGUUGUGCAGAAUUUCAUCCAACCAUGCCCUGCCCGCUUGUGUGAAGGUGCUGCUUACAUUGAGAGCAUUAUCACGUCAUUGGUAAACAAAGCAAAGUCUUCUUCGGAGAGGAACGUACAAGAGAUAAUCAGUGACAUUGGGACUGCUUUGUUUUAUCAUGUUACCGGAGCAAUGGACGACAGUGUUAUGAACUACCAACCAACUGUGCAGUUUUUUACAUCUUGUGUUGAGAUACUAGGAAAGGAAUUUAUUAUGAACAAUCCCACUCAGACAGAACAGCUUCUGUCAGCCAUCUUGGAACACACUUCCAUCUCGGUGCUGUUAGUUCCAUUUUUUAGCCCUAAUGAUAACCCUGAUUCCUUUACCACCAUGUACCGCAGAAUCCUAGAAACGGCUGAUGGAGAUCUUGUUUUCUCGUUACUCACUAAGUUUGAGAUGCGUAAGUGGCUGUCCUCACCAAACAGCAAUCUUAUGGAGAGGUCAGCCCUCACACACGCAGUGUUUGAAGCACUGAGCAGUGUUGGAUAUGAACCUCCCGAUAACAAAAGAUCUAUUUUAGAGGUGUAUUUGCGCCAUCUGUCUAUUGUUCUGAUGUACAAUUUUCCGGAGCAAUACAGUGAUGGUCUCAGGCUUCUGUGUGAAGGUUCAGGUAAGCGGACUCUUUGUCUCGAUGUAUGGGACAAGUUUCUGUCCUGUAUUGGCUGUGUUCCCACCAAUGAAAAGGAGCCUCCCACCGCGUCAAAGGAAGUACUGGGAGAUGAACAGGUGCUCGAAACUCUUGAUUGGCUCACCAAGUACUUCAGCGGUCAACGGGCUGAACUAGGAGGUCACGUGACUGGUGGCCUCUACACCAUGUGGAGGCCAUACAUCAAGCAGCUGUCACUUGUCCUCGGUUUCAUGUGUCAGCAGAUUGUCGUCAGAAGAGCGGCUGUUGUGUAUGCCAAUCGGGGCCAAGGAUUAGAGAAAGUUCUUACAGAACUCUGGGCGCUGAUCUGCAGAGUGUUUGAGCCAUGGAUUUGCUCACAAGAGUCUCCUAUUCCUGGGAAUGUACCAGUAGCUCCUUGGAAUGAGAGUGAAGUUCCUCAAGCAGCAGAUAUGAUCAACUUGUUUACCGAUACACUGAACUGCCUACAGACCCAUUUAAAUGCUCCUCACAGCGGAUCAUCUAUGAUGAACAUGUUUUGGAGUUUCUUCGUAUCAUCUUUAACCAAAGAGGGAAUACCCGAAUACGUGCUCAGAGUGUAUCGCUCUAAGUUCUUUCAACUCCCAUGGCAGAGCUUCAUUCCGACAUUACAUAACAUGCAACUUAUGCAGGAGCUGUAUGGUGUGUGCAAGAACAGUUUUAGGUUCCUUGGUGCCGUAUUUCCUCUGAUGGACUGGAACCACAUAAUUUCUCUGUACUCGGAGGGUCAAACCGCAGAGGCUGUGACUCGUCUCCACUCUUCAUUGUUUCAUCUAUUGGUCAUGUUUUCAAAUGAGAAGGGAGUCACGGCUGUACAGGGUUCCAAGAUGCCUGAGUUGCUCAAUGUUGCUCUCGCAUUUCCCUGGCAUUACCUUGAUGGAAGAACUUUCGAGCAAGUUGUCUCUUGGCAAGUUGAUAACGGUUCGGCUGAGUUGGUGCUAGACGAGAAAUCUUGUAUCUGGCAUGCGUUGAGGUUGAUCAGAGCUGCUGCAGGAAUUGUAGUCUCUGAAGAUGGCUCCAUGCAACCUACACGCCCUGACACAGCAGCAAAGCGUGCGUCGUACGUUCGAUGUGUAGCAAGUUUGCUGUCCAAGUGCUCGAUGGACACAAAACACAAAGUCAAAUCUUACGGACCUGUGAUUUUUUUUGUACUUAAAGAUAUCGAGUCUGUUGCUGGUUCAGGUGUUGAUCCAGCAAGUACUGCAUCAGAGGUGUGCAUGAUGAUGUCCGAGGCACUCAACCUCUUGAACAUUUGUUCUCCCGUGGGAGAUGUACUCCGUGUUACUCUGGACUCUAUAUUGCAGUUCAUCCGCGAUACUUCUUGUACAAUGGUUGUCUUGGUGUCCAUAUCGGCAGCUUGUAGGACCCUUGCUAACAUCCAGUACAUGGUCUCCGUUGCGGAGACUGGAAUCCAGUCAUUUUUUACAAAGUAUUCGCCACCAAACCCCACUGGGGCUCAAACGGACGUGGAUGGAGGCUGGGCACAAGUUGUACCCAGUGUAGCGGUGCCGGAGCUCGCACAAGAUGAAUUUGUUCAAGAAUGUGUCAGGCAAGGUGCUCUGCUGACGCUCUACACAAACAUACUCCUUAAGUUGUCCUCAUGUCAAAGUCCAGUCCAAGAGAUGUCUGUUCUUACUGAUAUAGUCACGUGGUGCUCGCAAAUUAAAAUGAGGCGUGAAUUUGAAACCAAGGUUACGUUACUGUGGCACAAGAUUCUCCAACUGUCUGUGAGACAGGUUUACUAUGCAAAAGGACCUUUACAAGAUUUGACCAAACAGCUGUCAUUUCUUGCUUCGUAUCUGCAUUCGUUAGGAGAAGACAAGUCUUCUGCUGGUUUGUUAGGAGCUAUUGGAUUUGGAAAGAAGUCGCAGCUUAGUGUUCAAUUCCGGUUCAUGUGCCGCGCAUUGGAAGCUUUCCUGCUGGCACAGAUGCCUUCAAACUCUCUUUUGAGACUAGAAGCCAAAGCCCCAGGAUAUGUGCGAGAACCGAAAGGGGCAAAGCAGUUAGCCCCAGGCGGACGUGUCAUUUCUUCCACUGCCGAAGCCGAGCAAGCUCUGAAUAACUUGGAAACACUUCGAGUUAACAAACAAUACGCGAGUCUAGCAGAACACAUCAUGGAAGCUUAUUCAUUUAUUGCUAAUCCUCUGAAUUCUCUCAUGGAAGGACCACAGUUUGUAGUCAUGCUUGUGCGUAAACUGUUUCAAAACGAUAGAGCAUUAGAUAUCAUCGCGGUUUAAAAAAAUCAUUGAAUCAAUGUCCUCGCUAAGAGGAAAGACAAUUUAUAUUUAGCUAUAUAAAGGAAUUUCAAAAGCGUAAUUUCUGCCCAAGUUUAUAGGCAGGAAAAAAUUACUACAAUUCACAA